AUGUCUACAGACUCGGGCGCGCCAGAGUCGUGGAUCUCGAGCUUUUGUGCUCUGUUAGGGCACGAGUAUUUCGCCGAGGUAUCAGAGGAGUUUAUCGAAGAUGACUUCAACCUGACGGGUCUCCAGACCCAGGUGGCCAUGUACAAGGAAGCAUUGGAGAUGAUCCUGGAUGUAGAGCCAGAGGACGACGAAGACGAGGAAGACGAGGAAGAGGAAGAAGAUGAUAAUGAAUCAGGCCUGGGGGAUGGCCAAGAACGAAUGGGUGGCCGACCAGGCGAGCGAAGACACCACAGCAGAAUGGCCAGCGACCUAUCCGUCAUCGAGUCCUCAGCAGAGAUGCUCUACGGCCUCAUCCACCAACGUUUUAUAUGCUCACGCGCUGGUAUCCAGCAGAUGAGUGAAAAAUACGAGCUCGGCCACUUUGGUUGCUGCCCACGGACCAACUGUGAGCAAGCAAGGACAUUGCCAGUUGGCCUAUCCGACAUACCAGGCGAGGAUACCGUCAAAUUGUUCUGCCCAUCUUGCUUGGACGUCUAUGUCCCUCCAAACAGCAGGUUCCAAACCGUAGACGGAGCGUUCUUCGGCCGCACCUUCGGCGCCCUGUUCCUCCUCACCUUCCCCGAGUACGACCUUACUAAGAGGGGUCCCGACGUUCUCUCUACAGUAACCUCGAGAAUAACGGCUGACGAGGAGCUUGUCAACGGCAUGUACGCCAAGAAUAUUGCACCCAACCUAGGACCCGGCCACAUCUACCAUCCCAAAAUCUACGGCUUCAGAGUUUCAGAGCGAGCCCGGUCCGGGCCCCGCAUGCAAUGGCUACGUGACCGGCCCACCGAUGUAAACGAACUGGAUGAAUCACGCAUCUACGCUGAGCAAUGCGCCGAGUCUGAGGAUGACGACGAAUCUAUGAACAUGAAUGGACGAGCAAUUGUUCGUCGGCGACCACCCGGCAACGCUCGUCUCCGCCAACGACAAAACCAAAACGGUAGUCCCAUGGCUCUAUCAACAAACGGUGCCGAAUCUGAGCUAUAG